GCCGCUAUAUUGGGAUGCUGGAUUUAACUGAUAGAAGACUGCGUCUCUGUAACACACCCAUAGGAGCAAAGAUGAAAGCGAGUUGCGUCCUCUUUGGAAACGACAAUACGAUGGCUUCCAAUUUCACUAACCUAAUUACCUUAAUUAGCUUUUACAGCUGAGUGCGUCGCCCCCACCCAUGGCUAACAUACCAAGGUAGGACUUGGAGUGUAUAUCUUCUCGCCAAGGCUAAUGUUAGAGCAUGUCCGUCAUCACCAGCUUUCAUCAGGUAACAGCAUCAAAAUGGCGGACGGCAAUAAAAUAUAUCACCCUUUAGGGAAGAAAUCAAUUCGUCUACUCGAGAUCGUACCGGCGCUUCCGGAUGAGCAAAUAGAAUGUGUACUCACCACAAUUCACGAUAUUGAAGACGCCCCGGGUUUUGAAGCGCUCUCGUACGUCUGGGGCGAUACCCUAUCAUCUCAGUCUAUUCUAUGUAACGGAAUUCACAUGACAGUCACCCAAAAUCUUGAAGAAGCGCUGAGAUACCUGCGUCCGCUACCUAGCUGGGAAUCAGUGCAAACCUGGUCCACGAACCACUACCUUCACUCCAGCCGCCAGGUCUGGCGCUCUUUUGCCAGAAACAGGUACGAACAGCAGGAAAACACCAUGCUAUUACGAUUGCCUGUUUGGGUUGACGCUAUAUGCAUUAAUCAGGACGAUCUGGCUGAGAGAGCAAACCAGGUGAAACUAAUGCGGAAAAUCUAUCAGGCAGCUUCUACAGUCAAAAUUUGGCUGGGUAAAGAGCAAAAGCCUGUCGCUUCUACCUCCGCUGCAUCGCGUGGGACACAUGAAUCGGUAACACUCACAACCAACCAUCCGCUGAUGGCACAGGCUGGGACGAACUCCAACUCACUGGCCGCAAGAGAACCCUUGAUGUCACAAAUGCGCCGGCUUGCGCCGCGGCAUCACUUGGAAACAUACGGCAGUAUGCCCAUUGUGCUUUCAUUUCUGGCACAAGCUUUGAGGAAUAUGGAAGCCCGGCCUAACUCCUUAGUAUCUCUUCGACCUUUGCAGGAUUCGGAGCACAGAAACUUGGUAUAUGGACUCCCUCCGCCUUCGGCAAAGGAAUGGAAGACUUUCAGGGAAUUUCUGUCAAACCCCUGGUUUCAGCGGAUAUGGAUAGUUCAGGAGGUCGUACUUGCACGUAAAGCUGCAGUCGUUGUCGGCAAUUGGCACUUGAAUUGGAAUGCCGUGGGGAAAGCCACUACAUGGUUCGAAGCGAAGGGCUAUGCCAUGCCUCGCACGAUGAGAUAUAACCUCAAUGACCCGAAGGACCUUCUACCAGUUAUGGGCGCUUCGGCCCUCUGGCAGAUGUCGGAGUUUCCAGAUAAGCGGGUGCCGCUACUGACUCUAUUGGAGAACUUCCGGUCUAGACACACAAGUCAAGAUGUCGAUAAACUAUACGCGGCUCUUGGGCUUGCGCAGGAGACUGAGGGCUCAGAUCUUGAUGGCCUACAUAUGUUACUGGAGCCAGACUAUAAUAAACCUCUAGAAGAUGUCUACCGUGAUCUCGCCAUAUUCUUGAUCGUCGACCACGGCUCUUUAAUCGUUCUAUCUCAUGUAGACCGCCCUAAGACUAACUCACCAACUUGGCCGUCGUGGGUGCCCGACUGGCGCAUGGCAAAAGCUUCAUCCGAGAUUUGGCCCUCAACAGACGCACUGCCAUUCUGCGCAGAUUUCCACCAGCCGUUAUCCUUGAGUUUCGGGCGAGAUCUCAACGUACUGUCUCUGGAAGGCCUUAAAGUUGACACGAUUCGCUUUUACGGCGACAAACUCAUAAGCUACGGAUUCGGGUUCGAAACGUACGCACAGGAGCUAGAAUUUGUGCAGGGCGCAUGGAAUUGAGCUAAAGGUACCUUUCAAAAUUUGGAAACAUGGAUAGCCGAGUGACAGGGGAUCACUUGCGCACUUUUAUUACGACCCUCCUCGCACGCGACACUGGUUUUGAUGAAGACGGAUUCAUGAAUGACGCCGCUGGGUGGCUCUCUAAGCAUCUUUCCAGCGAGUUUCCGGGAAUUGGCUCGAAAUGGUUCAGCACCAAAAGGGCAGACCCCGGGCGUUUUCACGACGCAUUCGUCCGCACAUGUACCGAGAAGAGAUUUUUUAUAACUCGAGACGGACGGGUCGGAAUAGGGCCAGAAUCAAUGAAAGAGGGCGAUGACGUUGUGAUCCUCUUCGGUGCGAAGGUUCCUUUCAUAAUACGCCGGUCAGGACUAGUGACGACUAUUUGAAAUCUCGUUACUUUCGUCGCAAUUUUCCGUGAAUCUCCGGAAGCUAUGAAGGCUUUUGAAGUGAAGUUGAAUAUGCACUUAGUCGAUCGUAUUGACCCUCCUUACUUGCUACAAUGAGC